UCCAUGGAUGAGUGAUCAGGUGAUGAAAGACAUAAACAAAAAUCCAUCAUGAUAUAAUCAUAAAGCAACAGGAUGAUUUUGAAAUCAGAUAAUACAGCAUUAAUUAGUGUGUAAAACCAAUCAAGAUGACUUCAAAUUUAAGACAUGAAGAUAUAGCAUUUGAUGUUGAUUUGGUAGAGGCAGCCAAAAAACAAGUAGAGUUCCUGCAUCUUGUUGACAAAGAAGCAAAUCUUUAUGAAGGGGAGAUUGUUAGACAAGCUAUUUUUAGAUAUGAAAAAUGUUGGCUUCCCUUGUUAGCUGUCAAUAACCAUGACCACCAACAUGUAGCAGCGCCAUUAGAUAUAUGUUGGAUAUGGCAUUGUCACAUGCUAUCACCAUUGUCUUAUGCCAGAGACUGCAACAAAAUAUUUGGAAAAAUUUUGAGCUACAAGCUUAUGGUUGGUCAGGAGAGAAUAGAAGGAUUAAAAACUGCCGAACAACUGUGGAAACAGAUGUAUCCUUAUGCACCAUUUUAUAACCAUGAUCCCAUGACCUUUGAAAUUCCAUCAGAUUUUGUUUCAUGUCUGACUUAUGAUUUGGAAGCUGCUGUCUGCAGACAGAGAUUGUUUUAUUAUCAAGUAUCCCUACCUCAUUAUACUGAUAACAAAUUUCUGGAAAGCAGUCUUAUUCGAUACAAGAAGUUUCUACACAUGAAACGAUGUUAUCCAGACAGUUUUAUCGUGCCUUGUUAUGACAUUGACUUGAUAUGGCAUACCCAUCAGCUUUAUCCAUUGUCAUACAAAUCAGAUACAAUGUUAAUACUUGGAGAGCACUUCAACCAUGACGAUUCAGUCAAUGAUAGAACUGAGGGAUCAAAAUUGUGCCGGUCCAUGUCUGAAACUCAGAAUAUGUGGGAGGAAUUGUUUAAUGAAAAAUUUACUAAUAUAGCCUCUAUGUACAGGGGAUUACCUCCAAAUGGAAAGCUUAACAAUGUUUCAAAAGAUGUUGUUUUUCAAAGUAGUCACAAAAUUGCAAACAUUGAAAUAUUAAGCAUAGAUGUUGUACGAGAAUCAGCAAAUAGUAUGAAGAAAAAAAUAUGUGGUGUUAAAUUAUGUACAGAAUUUACUUCUGGGAUCAGAAUUGAUCUGAUGAAGUUGAAAAAGCCAACAAAGGAAAACAGAUGGACAAAAGAGACCCAUAACAUAUCAGUUUUUGAUAUAGAUUCCAGAUUUUGUGAUAUCAUCACUGUUAAAGUCAAGCAAUCUGGAAAAAUUGGAAUCUUUAAAGAGAGUGUCAAAGGGCAAAUGGAAAUGAAUCCAUUACUGGCAAAAUGUAUGACAUUGGAUGAGAAAAUUUAUGAAGACACAAUUGUCAAUCUUUCUGAUGGUUCAUUGCUGGAGAUGAAGUAUGGUAUAACAGUAACAUCACUCAGUACAUGUGUAUUAACAUUACACAUGGGGGAUUUCCAGUCCUGUGUCAUGCCUGAGUACAUUGAACAGUUGUGGGGACCUGUUACAUUGCCACACCUACCUGAGGGUACAGAUAAUGUCUGCUCAGUUGCAUCUCACAAAAUUGUCAACAUGACAGGAGCUGUAACCUUUACAUGUCGUAUUAUACACAGUAUCCCAUUACUGAUGUCAGCCAUACAUGUUUUCUGUAAGGAUAAGCUUAGUGUUGUUUGCCAGCUGAUUGGAUCUGACCAACUACCAGUUUAUUCACAGGUAGCAGAUCAUAAGAAGUGUGUGACCCUUGACCCUGUAAAAUUUGAAAGAGCUAUUUUAAUCAAGAACAAUGAUGGUGACUGGGGCAUUGCACUUGGACAGUGGUCAGGGUUUAGACGAGGAAGGAGUGGUGGUAUUUCUGGUGAUCCAGGUCAUUUGAAGGUUAAAUUGUACAAGAUGACCAGCAAGUCAUGGAUAGACUUAGAUCUGCGAAAUUCUUAUUCCCUUGGUUCCUACAAAUUUACAAUUGAUGACACAGAGGUUGACCUAGUCAAUGGUACAAUUCUGACCAAGCCAGAUAGUAAGACCAUUGCAGAGCAUAUUGCAGUGUCAUUCAGUGUUUCCCUUCUACAUGUGCUUUGUCAACCACACCAAAAUGAUUGGGAACCAGGACAGCAAGAGGACAAAGUUGUAAUGAGAGGACGAAGAAGAAUUCAAACAUUAAAUGUUGGGAAAGUUGCAAUGUUUACAGCAGCAGGAAUGGCUAUUGCCACACCAUCUAACCAUCAUAUUAGGAAAAAAUAUGGUAGAAGAUAUUAUCCAUGUUAUAUGGGUGGAGCCACAGUUCUCUAUUUAGGUGACAAUUCUGGAUCUGAUUGGGGGACUGAUUUGGAUGGUUGUGGAAAUGGGUGUGGUUAUGGGUUUGGUAGUGAUGGUAAUACAGAUGGAGACAUCAAUGGUGAUACUGAUGGUGGAGAUGGUGAUGGAGGCAAUGGUGAUGGGGGAGAUGGGGAUGGUGGGGGCUGUGGAGGGUGUGGUGGUUGUGGUGGUGGUGAGGGAUUUGGGGGUGAUGGUGGUGGUUGUGGUGGUGGUGGUUGUGGUGGUGGUGGCUGCGGAGGGGGAGGAUGUGGUGGUUGUGGUGGCUAAAUGCAGGAAUAUUUACAAACAAUAUACACUUUUACUAUAAAUAGUAAAAUAACAAUUGUAUUUUAUCCUGGUAUUCAAGUUUUUUUCUCUAUGGAACGGGAAAACCUUUUUGUCUGUUAGGUUUUACGAAAUUCUUAAAGUUUCUUUUUUUCUUUGUUUUUUAAAGUAUUACUACUAACCUAUUAACACAUGCACAGCAUUAUUUUUUUGUUUUUCAUACAUCAAUGUACUUAAUGUGCAUGUGUAAGUAGGACAUUUAUUUAGUCAUAUCCAUAGAGAGAAAUAGAUAUUUUUCUGUCUUUCAGUAUAACUUUUACAUUAUUAUGUCUUUAUUAAUUUUGAUAUAAUUCUACAUAUGAAAACAAGGCAUAUUUGGUGGGGUUUCUGUUGGAAGAUAAAGAUACAUGUAGCUUGUGUACAUCUGUAGCUAAAUAUUGUGUAAAUUAUGAAGUUUGUUGUUUUAAAACACUUAUUCAGCAUGUUAAAGCUAUAUUCAUAGGCAAUUUCAUGAUUAUACUUUGUAACCACAUCUGUUUAUUUUAGAACUGAUUCAUACCUAGGUAAAUUGAAUGUUGUGUGUUGCUUUCUAAAAAAUAUAUAUACAUUUAUACAACUAUAUAAAUAUAUAUCAGAUCAUAUUGAUUUCUAUGAAAUGGUUUUAUUCCUGAAAACCCUCAAAGGAUAUUUAUUCUCAAUCAAAAAAUAAAAAAUCGGAAGAAGAAUGUUGCUGAGUAAUAAAUGAAGUCACAGUAGCAGUACUUUGACCUAUAGUUGUUUACUUUUUACACAUUGUGACUUGGAUGGAGAGUUGUCUCAUUGGCACUCAUACCACAUCUUCUUAUUUCUAUAUAUAUCUAAUACCUGUGGACAAUGAGGUCACAAUAUUUGUUUAGUUUUGAAACAAUGUAUUUUGGUUCCUUUUUUUGCAUAGGCCAGUAAAAGUAUGGAUAUUCCAAGUACAGUCAAGCCUGCUUUAGAGACCACCUGUAUUCAGCAAAAAACUGUAUUAUGAGACCGCUUUGUUGCUCUCCCCUUAGUGGAUUUUCUGGUUUCACUGUACUUAUAUCCAGGAAGGUUGAGCAGGUUAAGAAUGUCAUUUUACAUUAUUACGUAUGUACUGUAAAUUUAGAAAUUAUUGCGUGCAUUUAAUUUUGCAAUUUUUAAAAAAUUGACUAAAAUGUGAGAUUUAUUAUUGUGAUUUCAGGAAAAUCUGCAUACAUAUAUAAGUAUCAGAUUUCGGACUGAGAGUUCUUAUUAUUGCGAUCUUCAUCCACUCGCAUUAUUCGCAUUAAUAAAAACCUCACAAUAAUUUCUGAAUUUACAGUAAUGUCAUGUAGACAACAAUAAAAAAAUAUGUUUGUCUCACUCAAUCAUGAUUUGAAUUUUUUUUUAAUUUGAUUAUUCCUUAAUUUUAAUGUUUGAACUGAAAGAUAAAAUAGUUGUAUUUUUAAGUUGUUGAGCAGCUUAAGCAUGUCCUUUAAAUGUAAAUGUAAAUAUUAUUGUUAUCUCUCUUUAACCAUUUGGUUACACCAGAUUCAAACAACAAAAUGAAAUUCCUUAGAAGAUAAUACCUAAAAAGUAAGAAUUUUACCUGAUACUUACUCUUCAUAGCAAUGUUGCUUCUGUGAUGCUCAAAGGCAAACACACUGUUAAGUUGUGUUUUAAAAUCAGACAAAACCAAAAACGUGUUAACUUCAUUUUAAAAAAAAUUUCUUUUAAACUUAUUGUUCCCAUGAAGCGUGCUUUAAAUAUUUUUUUUUAUUUGAGUGAUAUUUUGGGUUUCCCAUAUCAAAACAUUAGAUUAACCAUAUCUGCUUAUACAUUGCAUUAUUUGAAGAUUCACAUAUUUUAUUAAAUGUAUAUAUAUAUAUAUAUUUUUUUCAAAAUCUACACAAACUGACAUCUAAUAAACAUAAUAAAUUAUAAUGUUGCAGUUACAAUGUAUGCACUUGAAAUACUUGUUUAGAACUUUAGAAAUAAUUUAGAAGUUAUUAAGAGACUGAGGUUUCAUUGGCUAUCAAAUAUUUUGCUUUGUGCGGUCUCGAUGAAUUUAAAUCCAGAAAAGCUCCUCAGAUGCAGGAAAUUUAUUAAGUGUUGUUUUUAAUUUUUUUUGCGAUAGGUACUUUAUGCACAUUGUGAUAAAUUAAUGUAAUAGAAAAUACAUCUAUUUAAAAUUUUUGAAAUGUUCUUCUAAACCUGUAGUUAAGAAUAUACAAUGUAACUUACAGGGACUUACUUUGACUAUGAAUGGAAAUGACAGUUUGUUGAGUGUAUUGACAUCAAAUGCCAUAUUUUCUCAGGAGGUACAGU